AUGAAGGACGUUAAAGUGGAAAAUCUCGAGACGGAGGCAGCCUUUCCACUGACGGGUAUUGAGUCGAAUCCACUAUUUGCGUUGAUGUGGACAACACAGAACCUGGCUGCGCUUGCUGCCGCCGGUGCCACACCACCCAUGCCUCCGAAUUCUCUGCAACCGUUUCUGAAUGCCUCAUCUGCAGCAUUGCAGCAUUUGAAUCCAUUUUUGCAAUCACUCGCUGCACAUCAAAAUAUCGGAUUUUCAGCUUAUCCAAAUAUCACGGCUGCCUCAUCACCAACUUUAUCGUUGGAUAAUAAGGAAUCGCAUAUGGAUCGAACGAGUAAACGAAGUGAUUCUCCAGCGUACGCGAACGAUUCGAACAACUCAAAACGUAUGAAGCUAUCACCUCCUGUGAACGCUUUACAACAGCAACAACAACCGUGCACUUCGACAGCUGCCUCAUCCACUGGUGCAUCCUCAUCUAACUCCGAACAACCCUCCGGUAAGUACCUCUGCAAUAUCUUCCUAUGA